CCCGUCCUGAUGCAUGUAUAAAAGACGGACCACGAACGAGUUCCUUCAAGCUUAAUCGAAGUCUUUCGAUUCCGAAGUCGAGUUCUUUCUUCAACCUGUUAUCCUUGCUCGAUCAAUCGGAUUCCUUCACUAAGUUGUGCAAAUUCUCGAGAAUCAAGCACCAUGGCGAGACUAACUACGGAGAACCUGCAGGGAAUUCCGCAGCCCUACACUCCUUUCAAGCUGAUGAAUCCACAGUUCAGCAGAUGGCUUGCAGUAUCUACUACAAACACGGCGAAUCCAGUUGUAGAAGACAGUGACAUCAACACCCUUCCCAUCUACUGGUACCUCGUAUCAUCCGAGAAGAGAGAAGGGUUCUACAACAUUGUCAGCUUGAAAAAUGGCCUGGCGCUAACGGGACACAGCUCUUCUUCGGGAGAGCGUGAAGUGUUCAUGCAGCCGCUGGAGGAGUUCAGUGAGAAACAACUCUGGACUAUGGUCCCCACGAAGGUGUUUUCCGAUGGGUUCUACCGAAUCCAGAAUUAUAGCACCAAAGUGGACCUCCAGACCACCGCGGUGGCAGACGGGAACAAGGUCACCACAACUGAUACGGGUAACAAAACUGAAUCGUUCAACCUGGAGUGGAUAUUCCGAUUCGCCGAGGGGGUCAGGCAGGGGAUUCCUCCUCCUUCUGUGCCCUUCAGGCUCCAGAACUAUGAACACAAGCGAUUCGUGUUCGGCGAAGAAAAAGUUCUCUUCGUGAGAGACACGAUCAACACCUACCGGGAGCUGCAGUUCCGGCUCGUGGUACCGAGGUUGAAGGAAUGGCGUGAAUCGUACCUGAUCGAGAGUCUGAACAUGAACUUGUAUGUGACUGACGACGGUAUUUCGACGGGUGAAGUUUCAGGCGUACAGUUGGCCGAGAAGGAUGAGGCAAACAUGAACCAGUACUGGAUCGUCGUUCCUUCCAAGGCCUACGAUGGCGGCUUCCGACUCCGCAAUGCCAAAACCAAAGGCUAUCUCAUCAACGGCCCCACGCAUGCGGGCAACCAGCUGAGCAGCAUGUCCAGUAUUAAGGAAUGGCCCGAUCAGGUCUGGACGAUCUCUCUGGUCCUCCCUGCUCUCGAGCACCAGCUCAAGGAGUGAGUGACGCUAGAAGCUUCUCCAGCCGUGGCAGGUGUGAAUCCUGCACACAGAGAAUUUCGUGUGGAAAUUCCUUACAGUAACAUAACAGUAAAUAAUAUGAGUGAUGUUUAAGCCGUGGAGGUUGCUAUACAUGAGGAGCACCUGGGCUGUGAACCGAGUGACGACGCGCACAUUGUGAAUAACCGAGGCUGCGAAGCCUUGAGGUCUCUUGUACAACACGGACUCCAUUCGUGGCCUGCAUAUCAGUCUUUCGUGAUGUAGGGUCCAAAAGAGCUACGAGUGUCCACUUCUGGUUUCUGCUUCGUUCACUUGCGCUGUAAUCAUGAUUUCGGUUGCAAAAGCCAACAAGCGUAUUCGCGAGGCAUAUCUCCGUGAAAAUGUCUUCUAUAUAGUCUCAAAAUCUUGAAUAGCCGCCUCUACGGGUACGGGCAGACUAGCCCCGGAGUUGUGGCUGGAGAGGCGGUCAACAUUGUAACCACAUAUAUAUUAAAGGCCAAAAAUGGAUUUCUUCUUCUUCUGUUCCGAG